GCACCUGACUUAUUGGAUCCCAAAUCUGCCACUCAGAACUCCAAGCCACGGCUGUCAUUUUCUACCAAACCCACUGUACUUGCUUCACGGGAGGAAAGUGAUACAACUAUUAAUGUUAUGAAAUGGAAGACGGUGUCAACCAUUUUUCUAGUGGUGGUUUUGUAUUUAAUUAUUGGAGCUACUGUAUUCAAAGCCCUGGAGCAGCCACAUGAAACCAGCCAGAGAACAACUAUUGUGAUCCAGAAGCAAACGUUUGUGUCACAGCAUGCCUGUGUGAAUGACACAGAACUUGAAGAUCUAAUUCAGCAAGUUGUGGCAGCAAUAAAUGCAGGAGUCAAUCCUAAAGGAAAUAUGCCAAAUCAAGUCAGUCACUGGGAUUUGGGAAGUUCCUUCUUCUUUGCGGGGACUGUUAUUACCACCAUAGGAUUUGGGAACAUCUCACCACGUACAGAAGGUGGAAAAAUAUUCUGUAUCAUCUAUGCCUUACUUGGAAUCCCUCUCUUUGGUUUUCUGUUGGCUGGAGUUGGAGAUCAACUAGGGACCAUAUUUGGGAAAGGUAUCGCCAAAGUAGAAGACACAUUUGUUAAAUGGAAUGUGAGUCAGACAAAGAUCCGCAUAAUAUCAACAAUAAUAUUCAUUCUGUUUGGCUGCGUACUGUUUGUUGCUCUUCCGGCAGUCAUUUUCAAGCACAUAGAAGGCUGGAAUACGUUAGAUGCAAUUUAUUUUGUAGUUAUCACCUUAACAACAAUUGGAUUUGGUGAUUACGUGGCAGGGGGAUCAGAUAUUGAAUAUUUUGACUUUUACAAACCAGUUGUGUGGUUCUGGAUUCUGGUGGGCCUUGCAUAUUUUGCUGCUGUCUUGAGCAUGAUUGGUGAUUGGCUAAGAGUUAUAUCCAAAAAGACCAAGGAAGAGGUGGGAGAGUUUAGAGCUCAUGCAGCGGAGUGGACAGCCAAUGUUACGGCAGAGUUCAAAGAAACCCGCAGGAGACUGAGCGUUGAGAUCUAUGACAAGUUCCAGCGGGCUACCUCCAUCAAAAGAAAGCUGUCUGCAGAAAUGGCAGUGAAUCACAGCCAAGACCUGACUCCUUGCAAAAGAACCUUGUCCGUCAACCACCUCACCAGCGAGAAGGAUAUCUUACCUGCCAUCACAAAGACAGACAGCAUUUAUAUGAAUGGCUUGACUCCUCACUGUGCAGCUGAAGAAAUUGCUGUGAUUGAGAACAUUAAGUAGCAGUGACUUUGAAUCCUGAUCUUUUAAUAAGAAGCCACCUAUGGUUUAGACUUAUCUUGUAGGUCCUGAUUAUUUUCCCUCUGUCCAUAACCGAUGCCAAUAGCAUUUUUAAAAAAUCAUAUGCAUGAGUUCCAACCGAAAUCUGCCCACAAUAUGGAUUCAGAGUCGUCAUUAUAUUUCCUGAAAGAUACAAGAUGAAUGGCACUUUGGUCAUUGACAAAUGCUGGACCAAGCAAUGUUCAAUGCCUUUAAAAAAAAAAAAAUGGUGCCCAGACUGGUUUUUGCUUUGGCUUUUUUUUUUUCCCCAUCUCUCCUGUUGUGCCACAAAGUGUUAAGAAUGAAUAAUGCUGGUUUAGGUUAACAAUGUAGCUUUGAGAGAUCAGUCCUUAAACUUUUCAGGGUCUACCAUGCCAAGCCUAGGAAUGGACCAUACAUGGACUACAAUCUAUAUGUAAAUGGCAAGAAAAUCUUAUGCAGCCUUUUACCUAAGAAAUUUUUGUCAGUGCCUUAUCUUUUAAAGAAACAGAACCUCUAUAACUUUCAUAUGGGUUUUUGUUAGUUUGUUGGUUCUUGCAUGAGUACUAUAUCUCAUGUUUAUAUUUCCUCUUGCCCUCCCCCGAAUCAUGUUUUAAGGAUGUCUAAAGCCAAGGAUACCAGCGUUAAGAAAUAUGCCAAAUCAAGGACAUCAAAACGCCACUUCUAAUCUAGCUUUACAGGCACUGCAAUUAUAAGGGUUGCAAAAGGUGUCCCCUAUAAGUUUUGUCUUUUUUUUUAAAACUCAGGUGCAGAUAAUACAUGUACACUCAACUGAUAUGUAGAAUUUAUAGAUCUAUGUCAGGUCUCAUUACUUAAACUCUAGACAACCUUUCAUACCCAUGCACC